AUGAGUCAAAUCGUCACCAAUAGCUACGAGUCUACAGUUUCCAACGGAAAGAAGAGUCUGGGCACAAAAGCUGAAGGUUUUCACGAAUACCUAACAUCAUUCACUGCAUUCACUCUAUCAGAAAGAAAAGAAAUCAUGUUCACUUCAACUAGCCCCAUAAAUAAUAACCUCAUGGUGCCCAGUACUGUAUCGUCUGCAUCAAGUGACAUUAUUAUUUCUUCAACUACUGGUGUUCCAGCUAAUUUCAACAGUCCCACUGGCUCAUCAACUGCUCAACCAUCCGGAGUUACAUAUACAAAGGACCAUGAAGACAUUCAAUUUUCCAACACAACAUCUACAUGCUUGAAUCCUGUAGCAGACAUCUGUACCAAAGUAAUCAAUGAAGUUGAAGCAACCAAUAUAUUAGAUCCAAUUAACUCACAUCAGGUUGCCUCAUUGGAAGCUGCUGUAGCAGCAGCAGCUGCGGCCUUGGUUGUCUCAUCGAAAACGUCUACAAUAAUGUCACCGGUUUCUACUUAUGGUGAUCCUGUUAACCACCCAGCUCACCUAACUGACUUGUCAACGAAAGAUGCUAGUUCUAAUGCUCACGUACAAGAUAAAACAGAAACGAGCUACUCAUUUACUUCAUCAAGCUCUUCUAUAACUCAGAAUCAUAAAGUUCCAUUAUUUUCCUUAUGUGGAGAUUUAAACUUGCCGCUGAUUACUUCAACUACAAUCGCAUCUAGUGCUUCUCCUUCAGUCACUAGUUCCAUCAUGAAUUCCGGAACAGCAGCUGGCUUAGCAGCUAAUCUGGUCAAUGUUGGGCCUAAACGUCUUCAUGUGUCUAAUAUUCCAUUUAGAUUCAGAGAGGCAGACCUUCGUCAGCUUUUAGGACCAUUUGGUACAAUACUGGAUGUAGAAAUUAUCUUCAAUGAACGUGGUUCCAAGGGUUUUGGUUUCGUCACAUUCGCAACGGGCGAAGAAGCUGAUCAUGCAAGAGAAAAUCUAAAUGGCACGGUAGUUGAAGGCAGAAAAAUUGAGAUUAAUAAUGCUACUGCACGGGUUAUGACAAAGAAAAAGUCUGAAUCACCUACACUCCUGAAAACAGCAACAACGCUUCGAGGUGUCAGAGCGCUUGUACCAAGUACGUCUUCGACAGCUGCGAUAGCUGCUGCUGCUGCUGCAUUGCGUGGUGCAGCAGGGAUUACAUGUGGAUUACCAGUAGUUUCAAUGCCAACACCCGGCAACCUAGCAUCCAUGGUUGUUGGUUCGGGACUUGGUGGACUAUUACAGAACCAAGCUUGUUUUGCAGCCACUAACCCAACACUCACAAAUAUAGCUGCUAUGCCUGCUGGUAAUACUUUUAAUGCGAAUCAAGCUUUAUUAGCAGCUGCGAUGGCAAGUGCUUCAGGAACACCCGUAAAUUACAAUCCUGCAGCUGCAGCUGCAUUCUGUUUAGCUGGAGCUGACCCAAACACCGCAGCUUUACUUGCUAGUUAUGCUGCUGCAGCGUUCGGAGGGAUUGGAAGUCCAAGUCCUGGAUGCCUUGGGACCAAUAAUGGGCCCGUUAGUGGGAGUACACCAUCAACCGCCAUCCAAACGUUUGGAUCACCGUCUCAAGCACCCGGUUUGACAAAUUCCUUGGCUGCUAUGGCAAUGUUCCCCCAAACGGGAACUCUUUUAGGACCGAAUGGUCAUACACCACUGGUUCAGUGGUUUGAUCCUAGUUCAAAUAUGGGUGUUGAACUAGAGUUACAGCAUCGUAUCCAACAGCAACAGCAACAGAUUCAAGCAAACCAAAGGGCUCUAGCAGCGGCGGUAGCUGCUGGUUUUACUCCUGUAAGUCUUCCUGCCACGAAUACGAUCGAAAACUUGACGGGGUCGAUUUCAGGGAAUCCAGUUGGAUUGUGUGGAGCCUUUUCACCUUCUCAAGCAGCUGCAGCUGUAGCUGCAAAUAUGUUGAGGGCUUUCUCAAACUCAACGAAUUCGUUUAAUGCCACUAAUUUAACGUCUAACAGAUCUGUCACAAGCAACUCAAAUGUACUUGUUAGUUCAGCUUCCGGUUCUCAGAAUGCUACUGCUGUACAAAUUCAGGCAAAUGGUGCUCAUACCUCAAUUUCUGCCAGUCAAGUCGCAGUCAGUGGGUCAAAUACACCAGGAGUGGUCCAGGCCUCACUUUCUGGAACAAAUCAACCUGCAAUUGCUGCUGCAGCUGCGGCAGCUGCAGCUGUAGCUUCUCAACAUUUUCCCGCACAAACAUCAGUUAGUCCAACAGUGAUGUCUUAUUUACCGGAUUUAAAUGCAGCAGCUGCCGCAGCAGCUAGUAUGGACCCUUAUCUAAAUAGACUUGCAGCGGGCUAUGCAAUAAACAAUGCAGUGGUCACUACACCUGCAAUAUAUCGAACUAACUCAAGCUAUCAACGUUUCUCGCCUUAUUAA